AGAUGUCUUCCUCGGCCGCGGGCAGCAGACGAAGUCCGCUGUUGGAUAUGCCGACGGAGCUGUUCUACAUCAUAUGCAGGGAUGUUCGAGCGGACAAGGAGGGUUUGAAGGCUUUGGCAAGUCUAGCUCAGACUUGUCAUAAACUCAGUUCACCUGCCUUGGAUACCCUGUGGGAAUAUAUGGACAGGCUGGAACCUCUGAGUAGGGUAGCUCCAAAGGCCGGAGAUAAUGUGACGACCUGGGUUGAACAAGUAUCGCCUGGCCAAGAAGCGCAACUCGCCCGCUUCACUGAAUACGCCUCGAGAAUCCGUGUUCUGACAUGGGAUACGCUUGACGGGUCUCUGGAGUUGGUCACUCGCGUUCCCAAGAGAUCACUUCGUCCUUUGCUCCCUGGACUGCAAGAGGUUAUAUUGGACGUACCCUGGACGUCCCAGAGCACCGAAGACUCCUCUGGCGAGCGGCUGCAUAUCAUUCUGACUUUCAUCGUCAACCCAUCGCUUCGUGUCUUCCGCAUAGGCACUAUAGAUCUCUCGGAGCACGUGCGUGAGACUGCUACCGCAGAGGGACAGCAGCCGCCUCAAGGAAUCAACAUUGCGGGCUUCAUGCGUUUUCUUCAUCUUGAGGCGCCCUUCCUUGAAGUGCUGCACUUCACCGAGCGCAUCGUGUGUGGGCCUAUGCACUUCAUUUCCAACUUUCCCCGUCUCCGUGAUCUGGACGUGGUAGACCAGGAUCCGUCCCAUCUAGACGGAGCCGUCUUCAGGAUGCUAUCCGAGAAUGAUCGCCUCAGGCACGCUGUCCUGCCGCUCGAUAAUCUCAAGCUGCGGGACGUCGGCGCUGACUGGAGAGGCUUCGCGGGCCUCAAAACCCUGCAUUUCCGCUGCGAUGACAGGCUGCUCCUCUUCCAGAUUCUGGCAGGGCUGAUGUCUCCUCACCUCGCAGAGAUUUCCGUCGACAUGGGUGCCACCACCACCUUCCACGACCUGCACGAGAUCUGCGCCGCCCUCGUUCGACAUAAGUCUACUCUCCGACAACUCUCUCUCUUCUAUGUCACCAUGGAGACGGACGAGUCGCUGAGCGCGAUGGAGUUCAUGGAGCCUCUCCUCGAGUUGCGAAAGCUCAGGAGCAUCACUUUGGCAUCGCACUCCCGUUAUGCAGCAACUCUCACCGACGCUGACAUUGAGAAGUUGGCCGCCGCCUGGCCCCGGGCAUGCCUAAUCGAUAUACCAGUCAUAGGGCCCACUGUUAAUUGUUUCGUAUCCUUCGCUCGACACUGUCCUGACCUGGAUAGUCUGGGCCUGGUGGAUAUCACAGACGAGGGCUUUAGCGAGCUGGACAUCGAAAAUAUUCCAUCCCUGGGGCACCCGCUGCGAGAGCUCGGCCUUGCUUGCGCAGAUAUUGAAGAUCUAGAGAAGCUCGCACGGGCGAUUGACCGCAUCUUCCCUUAUAUCGAAUAUGGUUAUGAUCAUCUGCCCGAAGAACUGCUCGCAUCGCUUCACGCUUUGCAAACGUCCCGGGAGAGUAAUGCGGACUCUAGCGCUAUGCUAUAA